AUGCCCAGCUCCACCGUCGUUCCAUCGCCCGCGACCGGCAUAAUCACAACCACCACCGCUUCCUCUGCAGCUGACACCGACACCGCCGACUUCUCAUUCCCACACUGUCCACGCACGUUCACCUCACGCAUCGGCCUGGUCGGUCACUUGCGAAUCCAUCGCACAGAGACUGGCAAACCAGUGCCUGGAGCACCAACCUAUACCCACCAAGCUCGAAUCAACUGCCCACACUGUCCUCGCACCUUCAGGCAUCGCAUGGGCCUAUUCGGCCACAUGCGCAUCCACAACGAUCUGCGGUAGACAACCGCUGGCUACAAAACACAUUCACACACUCCCUACCUCCUCCACCACCAUCAACCCACCACACAUCAACACUCACACACCGCAAGCACCCAACUGCCACCUUCCACGCAAGUGGGAAGUGUGCAUCUCGACUCGGUCCCCAUGCGGCUUCGGCUGCACGGGUGACUUGAGUCCGAGACUACCUGGGCACGUCAAGCGUCGAGGAUAGGAAGGUUGCUGAUUGACGCCCGCACUCGGUCCACGCAGUUCGUCGCGUUGUGUGUGUGUUGUGUGGAGUGGCGUACUGGUGGGCUGGGGACGGGUUGAAACAGCACCUUCCACGGCACUCUCACGCAAGUGAGAGACACGCCGUUCAACCCCCGUUGUGUGAAAUCCUGGUGUUUGUGUGUGUAUGGGGGGCCAGGUCGUGCUGUGGCGCGCGCAGGCAUGGUCAGUCGACCAUGACAGCCACCGCGCCCAUUCCGCACUCCAGUCUGCUGACCGGCUCUGACAGCGGCUGGGGUGUGGGAAUGGGAAGGGAGAGUGAGGUCGACGACUCAGCGCACUUUCUGCUCACUAUAAACAAUCUGACGCGCUUGAAGCUAUCACGGUGCGCUAAAAGCCGUGGCUUGGAAGGUUGCCAACUGACGGGGUACCUUGGACCUCCUCCUUAACGGGAGGCGGUCUGAGAGUCAGGCUGCAAUGGCUCCUUUUUAAUGUGGCCUUUAUGGCAUUCACACCACAGUGUGGGAUCCGAGCCAGGCGUUGGCGGCACGCCCAGGUGCGGCUUCGGCCGUGCCAGCCUCCGAAUCUGUCUUGUGUUGGUUGAAAUCCUGGUUAAUUGUUGUGUGGACCAGGGGGUGUGGUGGAACGCCAAGGUGAGGAUCCGUCCGAGCCAUCCACCUGCGGCCUCCCUCAUCUCCGGUCUUCUUGACUCUGUCUUGACACCGGGCUCAGGCGGGGGAGGAGGAGAGAGUGUAGGUAGAUGCUACGCAAGUCUACUGGCACCAUAAACCCCUGCGCAAGUCACCGUCCCUGCUCCCACCGCUGAUGCAGCUGUGGGGCACACGGUGGACAUCGUCGAAAUCGACGGUCGAACUGUCGUAUCAAAUGGCGACUGAACGACUCUGACUGUCUGGACACAUGCGUCAUUGCUGAAGUCCAUUCAGUGUCUCCAAGCCAGUGGGCCCGAUGGGGUAAGGGGUGAGAUUCAGUUGACUUUGUAGUAGGAACAGUCCUGAUGAGAAUGAAUGACCUUGAGUCGCUCAGGCCUCAAAAAAAAGAAGAGGGGAGACUGAUGGUCGGCGACAAUUCCGCACCAUUCUUGAAUGAAGCGAAAUGCCUAUCGAAGGUCACGGGAGAUUUGCGUCCGCCAAAAUAUCCUACCUACAGAACGAAAUACGGGCGUAUCCGUCUUUGAUUCCCGCCAUGGAGUCUUGGAGUCAGUUAUGUGAAGAAAGUAUGCUCUUAUUUUAAGACGAACACAGUUCUCAAUGAAAACUUGUCUAAAGGCCACGGUGAGACACGGGCUUAUUAGGCAGAUUUUACUAGUAUUUGAAUGAGCGAUCGACGCGCCUUUCAUUGCCUCCAGAGAUGUGUGGGCGUAGUCAGUAGAGAGAGAGCGCGGGCAAAUAAGGCAGUGUCCCCUCUACUUGCCCAACAGUCAGCUUCCUAAAUAAAGACAGAGCAGCUACCACACUCUACUCCCUUGGAGCUGUGGCCGACAGUCAUCGCCCCGGCCACCUCAUUCAUUUCAGGGCUCAGCAAAUGCAGGGUCACUCAAUUUCAUCAUUAUGGCUCUUCCCUGAAAACAACCUCGCCUAAUUCCAGACGCGCUGAUCUCCCAUGAAACUUCAGUUUGGACAAACGCAGCAUCCAUACGGCAACACCCGUUCACGUCCCAGUUAAACGCACCACACCCCGACUGAGGCAACAGAGACCACUAGACAGACACAUUACACCUCGGGCCACGAAACACAACAGUUCGACCGUCGUGACUGACGAUAUCCACACUGCGUGCUCCACAGCAUGGUGAGAGCAGGCACGAUGACUUGUGUGUGAAUUAGUUUAUAGGGGUAGUAUGCUUGCAUGGCAUCUACCUCACUCUCUCCUCCUCUCCAUCUGAGUCCGGUGUUAAGACAUAACCAAGGUGACCGGAGGCGAGGGAGGGCGCAGGUGGCUGGCGCGGCGAAAACCCGCACCUAGGCGUUCCAUCACACCUCUGGCCCACUAAACGUCCAGGAUUUUAACCAACAACGACAAUGGGAGGAGGAGGAGGAGGAGGAGAAGGAGGAGGAGGAGGAGGAGGAGGAGGAGGAGGAGGAGGCGAAGUGA